UCUUCCCUCUUUUCCCGCAGUUCAAAAUGUAUAAAAGCAAAAACCGACCGUCUCUCGGGCCCAUCCUUACUAUUGUGUCGUCGCUCUCCUUCCCGUCUUCCUCCUCUUCCGCGCAAGCUCGGACCGGCAUGGCCCCGCAGGGUGCGUUGGCUUGCUACUUGUUUCUGCAUCUCCUGCUGGCUCUCGCUCCCGUCGCCUUGUCACAGAAGGUCGUCACGACGCUUCCUGGCUACGAUGGGGAACUGCCCUUCUAUCUCGAAACUGGGUACAUCGGUGUAGGGGAACUAGAGGAGUCACAGCUGUUUUACUACUUUGUGGAGUCACAGAGGUCCCCUGCACUGGACCCACUCAUGCUUUGGCUCACUGGAGGCCCCGGUUGCUCUGUUCUCUCUGCUUUUUUCUAUGAAAGUGGUCCAGUGGAAUUUUCUUACGUUGGCUACAACGGGAGCUUGCCAUCAAUGCAUGUGAACCCUCAUACUUGGACACAGGGCCUCAACAUCAUAUACGUAGAUGCACCAAUUGGAACGGGAUUCUCUUAUUCAACAACUGCAGAGAAUUAUUACAUUGAUGACUAUAGAGCUUCUUAUGAGAUCUACCAGUUUCUGAGAAAGUGGUUGAUUCAACACCCUCAGUUCUUAAAAAAUAUACUGUACAUCGGUGGGGAUUCUUACUCUGGCAUACCACUUCCGAUGGUCGUCAAAUUAAUAUAUGACGGUAAUGGUGAUGGAGCUGUGCCAUACCUGAAUCUUAAAGGAUAUGUGCUUGGAAAUCCGAAAACAGAUGACUUUGUCGACGACAAUUCAAGAGUCCCAUUUGCCCACCGACUUACCCUCAUAUCAACUGAACAGUUCGAGGAAGCUACGGAAGCUUGUAAUGGUGAUUUUGUGAACAUAAAUGCAAGCAACGCGGACUGCGACACGGACAUUGGCGCCAUUGAUGUGAUGGUGGAAGAAAUUAAUCUAAUGCAUGUUCUGGAACCCAUCUGCCAAGUUGCAUAUUCCAGACCGGCUAAAACAAUCAGAGGAAAAACAGUAGUGUUUGAAGAAGAUUACGAAAACUUCUUAGCUACAGGAGCCAAGCCUGCACAUUGGUGUAGGGACUAUAAUUAUGUUCUCUCUGCCAUAUGGGCUAACGACAAGACUGUCCGAGCUGCUCUUGGUGUUCGAGAGGGGACCAAAGGUGUCUGGAACCGGUGCAAUAGCAGUUUAGCCUAUACAAAGUCUGUCACUAGUAGUGUAGGGUACCACCAAAAUCUGAGUACUUCGAACCUCAGAGCUCUUAUAUAUAGUGGUGACCAUGACAUGUCCGUCACGCACAUUGGUACGCAAAACUGGAUCUAUUCUCUCAAUCUGACUUUGUAUGACGUUUGGAGGCCGUGGUUCGUCGAUGGCCAAAUUGCAGGGUAUACACAGGAGUUCAUCAAUGAUGAUUUUACUCUAGAUUAUGCCACCAUAAAGGGCGCCGGCCAUGUUGCUCCGGAGUACAAGCCUAAGCAAUGCUACGAAAUGUUAGAUCGCUGGCUUGCUUACUACCCUCUAUGAAGAUCGACAGUUGGAAGCUGCGAUGACCUUCCACGCCAUGAUCCUUGUCCUGGACAUUUAUUCAGACGUUCUCUCAGUAGUUUUUGGGGGCGAAUAAAAUUUGCGAGGGCGCCCGGUUUUUUGUAUGUUCUUCUCUUUAUGCGAAGUAUAAAAGAAAUACAUAAAAAGAGUUGCAAUUCAAACUCACCUGCAAAUCGCAGGAUGGACAGCGGAAUAUGCUAAUCCCAAUUAUAAUUCUACUGGCAAAA